AUGUUUCACCAUUCGGUUCUCAAGGUUCUUGUGUUACUCUCUACAUUUUUUCUGUGCACAUUUGCAAACUCGAUCUCGGUCGAUUGUCGUUACGCAUAUGGAGGCAAUGAUGGUGGUUUCACCUCUUGCCAGUCUGGUGAUUCUGCAGACACCCAACACGCUUGUCAGGUGAACAGUUGUUACAGUGGCAAAAACCAAUGGGUCAAUAUUGACAAAUGUGUGUUGGAGGACUCAAGCAAUCAGAAUUCCAGCCAACAAUCGUGUAAAGAUUACAUGUGGGAGGAUGAUACUCGAACGUUUAGUUGUACUAACCUCAAAGAUCAAACCUUUCACUGCAGCUCGACACCAGAGAAAAUCGCAUACAUCAAAUGUGGGAUUUGCAACCCAUAG